AUGCGUGAAGUCAUCUCUCUGCACGUCGGUCAGGCUGGUGUCCAGAUCGGUAAUGCCUGCUGGGAACUCUACACUCUUGAGCAUGGGUUGAGCCCUGACGGUCGCCUUGUUGAAGGCUCCCCUUCGCAGACCGAUAGCGGCUUCUCUACGUUCUUCUCAGAGACAGGAUCAGGAAAGCACGUCCCGCGCUCCCUCUACAUCGAUCUCGAGCCUGGUGUCAUCGACGAUGUCAAGACGGGCACCUACAGGUCGUUGUUUCACCCCGAGACCCUCAUCACCGGCAAAGAGGACGCUGCCAACAACUAUGCUCGUGGACACUACACAGUAGGGAAGGAGCUCAUCGACCCCGUUAUGGAUAGGCUGAGAAGGCUCGCGGAUAAUUGCUCUGGUCUUCAAGGCUUCUUCGUCUUCCACUCGUUCGGUGGAGGAACUGGAUCAGGAUUUGGGGCUCUUCUCCUCGAAAGGCUGUCGACGGACUACGGCAAGAAAUCGAAACUCGAAUUCUGCGUAUAUCCCGCUCCUCAGCUUUCUAGCUCUGUGGUUGAGCCCUACAACUCCGUCCUCACUACUCACACGACCUUGGAGCACUCGGACUGCUCGUUCAUGGUUGACAACGAAGCCAUCUACGACAUUUGCAAGAAGAAACUCAACGUCGUCUCUCCUAGCUUUUCGAACCUCAACAGGCUUAUCGCGCAAGUGGUCUCAUCAGUCACCGCUUCGUUACGUUUCGAUGGUUCGCUCAACGUCGAUCUGAAUGAGUUCCAAACCAAUCUGGUCCCCUUCCCUCGUAUCCACUUCCCCCUCGCUACCUAUGCUCCUCUCCUCUCAGCCGACAAAGCCAACCAUGAGCAAAACUCUGUCGCUGAGAUGACCUUCGCCUGCUUCGAGAACGGUAAUCAGAUGGUCAAGUGUGACCCCAAGGAGGGCAAAUACAUGGCUUGCUGCUUGUUAUACCGUGGGGACGUUGUUCCUAAGGAUGUCCAGGCGGCUGUUGCUACUAUCAAGACCAAGAGAACCAUCCAAUUCGUCGACUGGUGCCCCACCGGCUUCAAACUUGGUGUUUGCAAUGAGCCCUCGGCGUGUGUACCAGGCGGUGAUCUCGCUAAGACUUCUCGCAGUCUUUGCAUGCUUUCCAAUACCACUGCUAUCUCCGCUGCUUGGGGUCGCCUUGAUUACAAAUUCGAUCUCAUGUACUCCAAGCGUGCUUUCGUCCACUGGUACGUUGGUGAGGGAAUGGAAGAGGGUGAAUUCUCCGAGGCUCGUGAGGAUCUUGCGGCUCUUGAGAAGGACUACGAGGAGGUCGGGACAGAUUCUGCCGACCCGGAGGAAGAGGGUGAGUAUUAA